CUUAAAUGCAUAUCCACAAGUUCCGCAUACGAAUAACGCUGCAUUUUAACACUAAGUUAUGGGGGAUUUGGAACCCGAAGAUCGGGAUCGGAUAAGAAUCCAGGAUAACGUGUUGUCGAUAAGUUAUUUGAAUGACGAAAGAGAUCCAGGCAUGUACCAAUGCAGGGCAUCCAAUACAUUGAAAACUAAGUACUCGUCAGCUCAGCUAAAGGUGUUAGCAUUCAAACCAUCCUUCAAGAAACAUCCAUUGGAAUUUGAAACAUAUGCACAAGACGGUGGAAACGUAACAAUAAAAUGCAAUCCAGAGGCUGCGCCUAGAGCCAAGUUCGUCUGGAAAAAAGAUGGGAAUCUUAUUGGAGCCGGAGGACACAGAAGGGUUUCCGAAGGUGGAAACUUGUUUAUUAGCCCUAUUUCUAGGGAUGAUGAAGGUUUAUACACUUGCACCGCUACAAACGAACUUGGCAUGGAUGAAUCAAAAGGAAGAUUGAUUGUACUACGUGAGUAGAAUAGAAUGGAUGUUUAUUAAUUGAAUUAUUAUUACUAAUUAUGUACAUAAUUGAACAUUACAAAAUCACAUACCACUUCAAUCCAAAAUAUAAAGUC